AUGCAUUGUGCGCUGAGCUCAGACCCCGUUAAUUCAAUAUCUCUCUUCGAACGGGUAGUGUUUUGUCGAUUGGCUCCAACUCAUGCUCAGACCUAUGCGGAAUUUGUUAGGGAAAAGGCUUAUGAGGUUUCAAGACAGGCAGGAACGGAGGAGGAGAAAAGAAGCUCUCUAUCUUCCGUCUCCCCUCAAUACGCAUUUCAAGAAGUUAUGCAUUCGCUUCAGUUGAUAAGUGGCCAAAACUGCCAUCGCUGUGGCAUCUUGAGUCAUCUCCUCUUCUCUUUUGCGGAAGUCGAUUUGUGGACGAUUGAAUUGCUCCGAAGAAUCGCUGUACCCAUGUUGCAUGACGAAAAAUUUAUGGGUGUCUUUGGCGGCAUGUAUGAAGAGUUAGGCUUUGGCGCGAGCAUUGUCCCUGGGCUUGGUUCGUAUUUUGUAGUAAUGGGUCCAGGGGUGUGGAUAUUUGUUGAAUGA